AUGAGUUCGUCACUGGUUGCUUAUGAUGAUUCAGACUCUGAGGCAGAAACUGAAAAGACUGAAGUCCCCAAUACUUCUAGCAUACACACAAGCCUUCCAAGUUCUUCUGUGGAUCGUGUUCAGUACUUUGCACCUAGUAGUUUGGGUACAAAAUGUACAUAUGAAAUGCAACUUACUGAGAACACUGACGGUUCUGGCACAAGCACUGUUUGUGAAGAUCCCCCUCAGCACUAUGCACAGAAUAAUAACACUGAUUUGACACCUCCUUACUGUAGGAGAGCAUACUCUGGCCAUACUGCAUUAUGUAUGUCCUACAAAAACUACGAACAGACAUCAAGCUCUUCUACAAACGCUGGAAAUGGUAUUUCCCAGAAGAGAAUACAUAAAGACAGUACUACUGCCAUAAAAGGGAUUAGACCAUAUAUCCCGAAAAGGUUGCGUCAAGAAGAUCCCAGUAUGCCUGAAAAAAAAGAAUCUGAUCAGAGAGAUAACUCGGAUUGUGAUGUUAAGCUAGGCACAUCAGGAGAGCAGACUUUGAGAAAGAUCUCUGAAUUAAUUAAGCCAUAUUUGGGAUCCAAAUAUAAAUUAACUGAAGUCCCCAAAAGCUUAAUAUUUUACAUGUCUAAACACAGCGGCCCUGUUAAUGAAAUCCAGUGGUGUCCUGUACGAGAACAAAGUCACAUGCUUCUCUCAGCUUCUAUGGAUAAAACAAUCAAGGUAUGGGAUGCUGUAGAUACAGGCUGCUGUUUAAAAACAUAUUCCUGUCACUCUUGUGCUGUUCGAGCUGCCCGGUGGUCACCUUGUGGAAGAAGGAUCCUCAGUGGGGGCUUUGAUUCCAUGUUGCAUUUAACAGAUGUAGAAACAGGGAAGCAGAUAUUUAGCAGCAAAAAUGAAUUUAGAAUCAGCACACUGAAGUUCCACCCUACAGAGUCAAAUAUUUUCAUUUGUGGAGGGUUCAGCCCGGAAGUUAAAGCUUGGGAUAUAAGGACUUCUAAGGUAAUGGAAAUCUUUUUUUUUUUUUUUUUUCUUUCUUUUUUAGAAUGGUUCCUAG